CAUUCGUUCACAACCCUGAGAAAACAUCAAUUUGUAAACACCAACCCAAAUAAGUCUUCCUAAAAUUUUAAUAUUUUAGAUAUUUUAGAUGUUCUUCCACUUUAUAGGUUAAAAAAUAAAAGGAAUGUGUUAAAAAAUUGAAAUAAAAUUUUAAGAAAACGCGAUUUGUUAAUAAUUUAUAAUGGCUAAUGUUGUUAUAAAAAGUGAUGAUGCCGUUGAGUGUUUUCUUUAUCCAAAAUUUUGUUUAACAAAAAAUUUCGAGCAAGUAACAGAAGAGAAACUUAUUGAAGAAAUUAAUAAAUAUUACGAGGCAACGAAACAUAUCACAAAAGAUUAUAUAUGGCACAAAGAGUCGUUAACAUUUUUUCCAAGAACAAAACGAUCACUUCUACUCGAAACACUUAUUGAGGGAUCCAAAUAUGAAGAUAAUGAAUUAGUUCCUCAUAUUUAUGUAAAAUUGCAUUUUGAUGAAGAUGUUGGAGACGAGUGGUUUACAGUGUACUUAAUAAAUUAUCUUACAAAAGUUUUCGAUGGAUUAAUUGCUAGAGUUACAGAUUCUGAUGGUGAAUUUUUGCUGAUUGAAUCAGCGAAUGCACUUCCAUCAUGGGCAAAUCCAGAAGUUUGUGAAAAACGUGUAUUUAUUUCAAAUGGCUCAAUUCAUGUAAUUCCCGAUAAGGACAAAUCUUUAUUGGACAAUUUAAAUAGUAUUAACAAAAAUGCUAAUUUGUUUAAAUUAUCCGAGGCGGUGCAGUCUAUAAUUCAAAAGAGAAUAAGUAUUUAUCCCGAUGAAAUUAAAGAGCGAACACAUAAAGCAAGAGCGUAUUUACCCGAAAAGGCUGCUUUUAUGCUGCAAGAAGAUCCUGGACUGAUAGCGCCAGCCAUAAGAAGGCUUUUUCACUCGGAUCCAUUUGAACGUAAGGUUUGUCGAGGAAUGAAAUUCUUUCCACCCGAGCAGAGAACAAUGGUUAAUAUUAGAAUGACAAAGUGUUUGUACGCCAUGAUAAUGCACUGUCGAUACACGGGUGAUCCAAUGACAGGCUGGAAUUUACCGCCUGUUAAUAGCACAGCAUACAGCGCACAUCUUCUUGGAGUUAAAAUUGCAUGCGGCUUGGAGAUGUUAAUUUCAAGUGCGUAUGAAGAGCAGAGAAAAAAAGCAAAUGAUGCUUCUGCUGAAUCAACCAACGAUCGCUUGAAAAUGCGGGAAAGAACGUUAAAUGCCUUCGUUAGUCGUUUGGAACUUAGUGGUUACUUUAAGGAUCUCUUGGAAGGCAGCCAAGAACGAGAAAGACUUUUGCAAGUUGCUAAAGAUUAUUUUUCCAAUAAAUCCGAUUCUAAUAAGUUACUACAUAUGGAGCCUGAACAUGAUAAGGAACGAGUUCUUAAAGUAUGGGGAAACAUACAGACAAAUGAUGUGGAUUUCACAGGCCAUGAGGAAACUACUUUAAGUCCUUCAGAUAAUGAUGACUGGCUCAACGUCAAUCCAGUAGAGCUUGAGAAUCUUUUGGGUGAGCGUUGGGGAGAUAAAAGCUCUAAAACAGACAAACUAACUUCUCAAACUCUCAGACGAAAAAUACAAAAUUUUUUGAAAGAGACAAGUGGUGUAGAAGGAGUACAAUUAUUUAGUGAUAAUGACCUUAAGUUGGACGUGGAUGACUCUGGUAAAAUUGAGUUCGACACUGAUGCAUUCGAUAUUGCUUUGCGAGAUAUUUUGGAUUUGGCUGUACCUGGAGGUGAUGGUGAAUUUGAAGACAGUUCCGAAGAAUCUUUAGGUGGAGAUGAUGAAGAUAAAUGUGGUGAAAUGGACGAUUAUAUGCGUCAAUUAGACAAUGAACUAAGAAUGGAAAAGAAUUUAGGACUUGUGCAAAAUGAAAAAUUAUGUGAAACACCAAAAAGUCCUGAUAAAAUUGAAUCAAACUUACUGGAGAGCUUAUCAAGAGAAGCAGGCGGUUCUGGUCCAACAGGAAACAUAAUUGGUGGUCCAAUUCGAAAGUUUAUGCACUUACAAUUACAAUCACCUUCAACAGUUCCUCCCGAUUUACAAAGUUAAUAUAUCAAUUUUAUAAUUUACAAAAUAUUUAAAAUAAUUUUAAUAGAUUUCGACUCUUUUAUGUAUUCUUUGUUUUUUAUAAUUUCAAUAAAUCGUUUUAUUUUUUUAUAAA